CCGAGAGCUAAUAGGUCUUCGAUGAGAUUGCUGUUUGAAAUGUUCCCUGUGUAGUGUCUUUUGAGGAAUUUGUAGUUGUUGACUCUGCUCCCUGAGGAGGCGCCAACGAGAUCCAGCGGCCCGUCUGAGAGGGAGCCGCGGGGUAGUGGGGCGAGUGCAGAGGCGCCACCGUCGACGUUGUCAUCCGCGGCUUGGCGCAGCGCCCGACGGAGAUGCGUCAGCGCCAGUCACAAUGACGCAGAAGCAGCGGCCUCCAGCGGUGCCGGCCCUGUGCAAGCCGCUCGCCCCCGAUGGCGGUUGGGGAUGGAUGGUGGUGCUCGGGGUGGCGUUGGCCAACAUGACAACUCAAUCUCUGGUCUCAACCUUUGGACUUCUUUUCGGACAAGCACUGCACGAUAUGGGCCAGGCGACCACGGGAGCCGCUUUGGUGAUGAACUUCAUGAGUGCCACCACCAAUCUGUCAGGCUUGAUCACCGGCCCAAUUAUGAAAUUGCUAUCCUACCGACAAGUGGCAUUAAUUGGUGCUGCAUUGUUUUCCAUGGGCCUCCUCCUGUCUAGCAUGGCCACAAACAUUACUCACCUUAUACUAACAUACAGCAUCUUGAGUGGUCUUGGGCUAGGGCUGACCGGCCCUUCCUCGUUUGUGGCGCUUUCGACCUAUUUCGACACGAAAAGAGGCCGUGCAGUUGGGCUGGCCCUCGUUGGCACCGGGAUAGGACAAAUGCUGAUGCCUCAAGUUGUCCGUUUCUUCCUCGAAUGGUACGAUUUUCCCGGCGCGAUGCUGCUGCUCUCCGCCAUCAGCUUGCACGCUGUGUUCGCAGCGUGGCUCUACAGACCUCUGGAAGCGCCUUCCAAAUCCAAACCCGUGGAAGAACCAGAACUCAGGUCCUUGCGCCGCAUCUCCAAUGCGGAAAUGAACAACGAACUUGGCAUGGAGGUCAUAGCGGCAGAGGUGCGCGAAGAUGAAGUGAAAAAAGUCAAAGAAUGCGAUCUAGAAGCUCAAACUUGUACUGGCCGCUUAGCUGCUGCGUGGAAUUUGCGGCUCUUUCGAGACCCGUCGUUUGUCAACAUCGUGGCUGGUCUCGCUACGUUUAAUGUGGCAAACAUUAAUUUUUCAAUGGUGCUUCCCUUUCUGCUGAUGGACCACGGCCUCACGAGACCGGAAGCUGCACUUUGCAUGAGUGUGACUGCCGCUUCUGAUAUUGUGGCGCGCCUUCUUGUGCCUUUCAUAAAAGUGAAGCACAUGAGCGCCAGGAACUCGCUGAUGGUGGCUAUGGUCGCCCUGGCGUUUACGCGAUCUCUCCUGGCCAUGCAGAGCAAACUGGAAGAAUUUGUGGUCGUCUCCGUGAUUGCUGGACUUGUUCGAGGGGCGGCCAUCCUGAACCUGAAUCUUGCGGUUGCAGAGCAUUGCUGCAAUGAGACUCUGCCCGCCGCUCUGGGCAUCAAUAUGGUAGCCAAAGGAGUCGUAAUUCUCACCAUCGGGCCUCUUCUUGGCUGGCUGAGAGAUGCGUCUGGCAGCUACAACUUGUGCGUACAUGUUCAGUCCGGCCUCCUGUUAGCCGCCUCUUUCGCUUGGGCGGUGGAGUUGAUUGUAAAAUACUACCAGCGGCGUAGAUGAUAUUGAAGACUUUCAAAUUAGAGCGAGGAGGAAGACUGAUUACCUGGGGGACAAUUCAUUUUGUGCACAAAGGUGUUGUAAUUUUUCUCUCAACUGCAUUAUCAUAGUUUGUUACGUCCUUUUAAACAAUUGUUUAUUGAAUCUGAAUAAAAGUGAUACACGUUUUAAUUUUGAUGAAAA